GCACAAACGGAGACCUUGGCGCGACGGCGAUUGCGGCAAGAUUAUUGUCGGGAAACAACAAAUUGAGGGAAACUCAGCGAAAGAAGCUGGCUUGGUUGCAAUGGAGAAACCGAACCACAAACACGCGUCUGACUCGUUUUCCAGCGAGGAUUUGAUCUCGCCGGUGAAGAAGGCCAAGAAGUCAGAGGAGACCGUAUGUGAUACUAAAGAUCCGAAAAUCCUCAGUGGUGCAGAAGACGAGAAGCAGGAGAUUGCCGGCGGAGAAGAAGCCAUAGCCGCCGUUGAUAAUAGAGCGGCGGAAGAAGAUAGCUCGAGCUGUGUAAGUCAAGAGAAGAAGGGGUUUCUAGUUGAAGCUGGUGUUGCUGAAGACAAAGGAGCCAGGCAUACAAUGGAAGACGUUUGGGUUCUUUUGCCCGACGCUUCUUUGGAUUUCCCAGGGAAACUAAGGUGUGCUCAUUUUGCCAUUUAUGAUGGGCAUGGUGGUCGUUUAGCUGCAGAGUUUGCUAAGAAGCAUCUUCACCUUAACGUUCUUUCAGCUGGGUUACCACGUGAGUUGCUGGACGUUAAAGUUGCUAAAAAGGCCAUACUCGAAGGUUUUCGGAAAACUGAUGAGUUGCUCCUGCAAGAAAGUGUUUCAGGGGGAUGGCAAGAUGGCGCCACAGCAGUGUGUGUCUGGAUAAUUGAUCAAAAGGUUUUUAUUGCCAAUAUUGGUGAUGCUAAAGCUGUUUUAGCACGAUCCUCUACCGCCAACGAAUUGGAGAACCAUACAGAAGCAUGUAAUCCACUCAAAGCAAUUCUUCUGACAAGAGAGCACAAAGCAAUAUAUCCGCAGGAGCGUUCUCGCAUUCAAAAGUCAGGUGGUGUUGUAAGCUCAAAUGGACGGUUACAAGGGCGUCUUGAGGUUUCUAGGGCUUUUGGUGAUCGCCAAUUCAAGAAGUUUGGUGUUACUGCAACUCCAGACAUUCAUGCAUUUGAAUUAACUGAGAGAGAAAACUUCAUGAUUCUUGGUUGCGAUGGAUUGUGGGAAGUGUUUGGAACAAGUGAUGCUGUUGGGUUUGUUCAGAAACUCUUGAAAGAGGGCUUGCCUGUAAGCACAAUAAGUCGUCGUCUUGUUAAGGAAGCUGUGAAAGAACGUAGUUGCAAGGACAAUUGCACAGCCAUCGUGAUUGUCUUCAAACGCGGAUGACAAAAAGAAAACCUUGUGCCAUCUGUUGUUCUUUUUUUUGUGUCUUGUGUGAGAAUUUUAGACCUUUUGUUGGGUAAAGCUGUCAAUGAUUUUGCAUUCAAUUAAACAAUUAUACACUCGGGGCCGCCAC